AAUUACAAAACACAGUUGAGAGAGAUUAAAGCAAAUUUUAAAAAAUGGGAAGACUGUGUGUGUUCAUCGAUUGGGAGACUUGAUAUUGUUAAGAUGGCAACAUUCCCCAAAUCGAUCCAAGCAUUCAGUGUAAUUCCUAUUGAUAUUCUAACUGCAGCUUUUUAGAAAUUGAGAGACUGCUCCUGAAAUUUAUGUGGAAAUUUCAUGGACCCAGAAUUAAUUUAAACAAUCUUGCAGGAGACAGCCAAAAGUGGAAGACUCGUGCGUUCCCAUUUCAAACAUUAUUUCAAAACUCCAGUAAUGAAUACAAUGUAGUACUGAUUUAAGGAUACACUCAGAGAUAAACAGAAUGGAAUUGAGAGUCUGGAAAUAACCCGUCUAUCUAUGGUGAGUUAAUUGUUGACAACAGUGCCAAGACAAUUAAAUGGGGAAGGAGCAGUCAUUUCAGUAAAUGGUGCUGGGACAACUGGAUAGUCAACAUUUAAAAGAAUCAAUUUGAAUCCAAACCUCAUACCACAGAUAAAAAUUAAGUCAAAAUGGAUCCAAGUCCAUAUGUAAGAACUAACACUAUAAAACUUCUUCUGUAAGAGCGUGUAGGAGUAAAUCUUUGUGACAUUGGGUUAGGUGAUGGAUUCUUAGCUAGGACAUCAAAAGCACAGAUAAUAAAUGAAAAGUUAGGUAAAAAUGGCUUCAUCAAAAUGAGAAAAAGUUUUUGCUUUAAAGGACACCAUAAGAAAGUGAAAAAACCAAAAGAAUGGGAAGAAGUAUUUGUAUAUCUGAUAAGGGCCCAGUAGUCAGAAUGUAAAAAGAACUCUUGCAAGAUAAGAGUAAAAAGACAACCCAAUUAAUAAUGGGAUAAGGGAGGCACCUGGGGUCUCAGUCAGUGAAGUGACCGACUCUUGAUUCUGGCUUAGGUCAUGAUCUCACGGUUCAUGAGAAUAAGCCCCAAAUCAGUCUCUGGGCCAACAGCAUGGAGCCUGCUUGGGAUUCUCUUUCUCGACCCCUCCCCCUGUUUGAGCGUGUGCGCGCGCGCUCUCUCUCUCUCUCUCUGUCUCAAUUAAAAAAAUGGGCUAAGCAUUUGAAUAGACAUUUCUAUUAAAAAAGAUCUGCAGAUGCCAAAUAAGCACAUGAAAAGAUGCCCAAAAAUAUUAGUCGUUAGGAAAACAAAAAUUGAAAGCACUAUGAAUUAUAACUUUCCACCCUCUAAUAUGGAUAUAAUUUAAAAAGCGAAAAUAACAAGUGCUGGGGAAGGUGUGGAAUAAUUGAAAUCCUCAUACAUUGCUGGUGAGAAUUCAAAAUGGCACAGCUGCUGUGGAAAACAGUUUGGCAGCUCCUCAAAAAGUUAAACAGAGCUGCUGUAUGACACAGUUAUGCCAUCGUAGGUAUAUAUAUCCAAGACAAAUAAAGAAUAAGCCCCCACAAAAACUUGUAUACGAGUGUUCCUAGCAGCGUUAAUCACAACAAAGUGCCAACAACCCAGUGCCAACCAAAUAAUGAAUAUAUCACCUGUGGUGAUGUAUCCAUAUAGUAGAAUAUUAUCCAGCCACAAAAAGAAUGGAGUAGUGAUACUUGCUGCAACAUGGACGAAAACUGAACACAUUAUGCUAAGUGAAAGAAGCCAGACUCAAAGGCCACAUAAUGUAGGAUCCUAUUUAGUGGAUAUGCCCAGAAUGGACAAAUCUGUAGAGACAUAAAGCUGCUAGUAAAUGUCCAGGGCUCCUGGGAGGGGGGAUUGGGCAGGGACUGCUAAUGGCGUAGGGUUUCUUCUGGAAUUAGAUGUUGGUGAUGGUUGGCACAACCGUAUGUACAUAGUAAAAGCCAACAAAAACGGGUGAAUUUUAUGGAAUGUGACUUACAGCUUAACAAAAUGAAAAAAAAAAUUGUAAAGGAAAGCAUUUGCUUUUGAAUAUGAUUUUGGCCAUUUUAGAAGUACAGUUGCCUACCCCAGAAGAUGUAAUACGCUGUCCAGGUCUUGCCUUCACCAGUUUGAUCAUCAGAGGUGACCACUGUAGUCUGAUAGGUGUUUCCGUCUUGUCCCUGUUAUCAGUAUUUACAAAUUGCACCUGCACAUACAUAUACACUUACAGACACUGGUUGAGUUAGGAUUACCACUGGUCUGCUACUCCCCAUUUGAAAAAAAAAAAAAUAAUAAUAAAAUAAAAAUGUCUGGUCAGUACAAAUUUGCUCCUCUUACUCUGUUUCAAGGCCAGUGGGUGCUCCAUUGUAGGAUAGGAACACUUCCAUCUUUCAUUUACCCUCCCAAAGGUCAUUGACUACCAAUGGCCAUUUAGAGCCCACCCCCACUCCCUGAAAUUUGCUAUUCUCAUUGUACACAUACUUCUGUGGCUGUGUAAAUAUUUCUUUAAGACAAGUUCGUAGCAAUGGAAAUUGCUGGAUCAAGGAAACCUUUUGCUAAGGAAACAUCUCUGAAGUACCUUCUUGUGUGCCUGAUACCACUGUAAGUGCUGGGGAGACAUUAGAGAAGACCCACAUAUGUUCCUCUUUUCAUGAAGCUGAAAUUCUACUGAGGGUAGGGACACAGUAGAAUCAAAUUUUGAUAGACGCCGUCAGAGAGCCCUGCAAAGUUCUUUUACCAAGUCACACUACCCUCGGUGUGACUGGAGUAACAAAUGCCCCUUUGCUGGCACCCUAAGCACCCCAUUCGUGACGUAGGAGAUGUAGACAGGAGGCUGGACACUUUAUCUCAGGCUCUCUACAAGAUCUUGGCGUAUGCAAGUGGAAUGAUCCCUGUGGGGAGUUUAAGAGUAGUGAGACUAUGAUGGAAGGAUGCAGCGCCCAUUAGUUUUAUUCCUGGGGAGGAGUGGAGCUGGAGGUGAUGUGACCCCAUCUGGGCAAAUUACCAGGGUGUGGGGUGGCAGGAAAGGGUGAAAGGUUGCUAGAGGAGCGGCAGGUUGUACUUUCCUGUAAUAGGAUGUACCACUGAAGUCCCAGAUGAAGCAGUCUCCUCUGGGAGAUACAGCUGGAGUGAGGGAGUCUUGUGUUCCCAAAGAAACCAUUGCGGGCAGGGUGCAGGGGAGCUCACCACCAUGCAAGGACCUCCACCUCUCCGGAGGUCACCAUCGUCCCACUUCUGGCCCCAGCCCGUCAGCUGUACAGAUUCUAACCAAGUGGGGACCAGGGAACAUGGAAGAGGAGCACAUGAAUGGUUUCCUCAUGGGUGAGCAGAGCAGAGAUUAAGGACCACACUAGACUGGUUAGUCUAGAUGGGAUUGCCUGCCAGGAUCUUCCAAGGAAAAGAAUCCCAUUGGCUGGAGGUGGGGUGUCCUUCUCAGGGAGUUUAUGGGUGCACAGGUGGGGCUUUGAAGAGUGGAGGUGGAAGUGGAGGGUUUGGAAUCAUGCCGUGGAACCUCAGGCUGCUCACCAGCAAAAGAGGCUGAAGAUGCUACCCAGGUCAGUGGGAUCACUGGCUUCUCUUUGUCCUUUAGUCAGUCUUCCUGCAACUUCUUUUUUUAACAGUGCUUCCAGGAUCCCACUAUAGUGAAAUGAGCCCAAUAACAAAUCACCAAAUCUUUCUCCAGUGUCCUGUUAUGUGUCCACCAGACUAUAAGUCUUGGAUGGGCAGAGAUAUUUCAAAGAGGGGCUCAUGACCUACUCCAAGCCAGUUUCUCGAGGGAAACAAGGUGCCCUACUCAACCCAGAGAAGUGAACACUUAGAGGAUAGGAUUUUAAGCAUGAGACAGGAGAGAUGUUUGAGUGAGGGCAGGCAAGUAAGAGAUAGGUGGGUUCUCAUGUCCGUGAGCUUCUCCCCAGUCGUUCCUUAAGCCCUGACUGUAUUCACACCUGUGCCUGAAAGGCUGCAGAUGCAAGACUGUGUUCCUGGGGGAGGGAAAUUCACAAUGGCAUGAGAGAUGGGCCAGUGUGUGUGUCCCCUGAGGAGGACAAGGUGCAUGCACCAGGCAGGCCCACGUCAGCCUCGCCGUGGAUUCUGCCCGUGAGCAAAUAGGCCUGCUCUGGUGUUGGCUUCAUGGUGGGAGAUCAGGGGGGGAAACGUAUGCGCCUCACAGUUUGCACAAAGCCCCACAGGAACUGUGGACACCCUCCUACCACCUUCCCCUUUAAAGCAGAAUUAGGCAUUGAGAGAAGGGGACAGGUUUCCUUUGGGUGGAUGGGGAGAUGAUAAGGUAGAGAAGCGGGUGGAACAGGGGCACCCUCAGUGGUCAGGUAAGUGGUCUGUGGCAGGUCAUCCUGGCACGGCAAUGUGAACCCCUUCACCAUCUCCUUCCCCCACUGGUGUUCACUGGCUUGCAACAGACCUGCUGACUGAAGGUGUCCUUGUGUUUGGGGCUCACAUGGACACUGGGAAAAUUGGGAGGCUGCAGUGCCUCCAAGGGUUAGGAGCUGAGAAGGCUGAAGCGAGCAGUGUGUUCAGGGUGAAUGGGAUGAGGGACAGGCCUUCCACAAGACUGAGAGGGCGUGGAUCUACCCUGAGCAGCGUGGGACUGUCCUGUUCUGCCUUCCCCACAGGCUCCGAUCCCCACAAUGAGGCAACGGCUCCUCAGCAGGAGGGCUCUGGGGCCUUAAGGACAGUGGGAGUCUCCUGAAGAUGGCAUGAACCCUUCCAACCUAGAAGGUCUCCCCAUUUUGAUGGGUGGAGGGCUCUACUGUCUGUCAGACGUGUGAGCGGGGGCUUCCCUCCUAGUUGUGGCCUGGGACCAGUGCAGCUGAGUUAUUGUCCAGAAACAGCCAAUGAUGGCCAAACCUGGGGUCAUUUAUCCCUGGGAAAAGAGGUUCCUCACGUGCCUGGACGGGUGCACUGGGAUGGGGGCUAAUACUGUGGAGACAGCGGUUUCCCAGAAAGGCUGUCUGUAAUUCUGUAUUUCAGUCUCUCUGUGCUAUUCACUCAUGGGGCUGGGUGAGACCUCAUUGUGUCUCUGAUUGACAUGUGUCCUGUAUGGAGUGACUUUUUGUGUUCAAAAACAAGAUGUCGUUUUACGAGCCAUUUUGGGGUCCAGGAUUUGAGAUGUAUGAGCUGUGAGAGGGUCUGUGUCCAGUAUGGGAGAUCACUGAGCUGUGGAGGGUUGUGUGUCCAAGUGAGAGUUGUCUGGGCUAUUAGGGGUCUCUCCUGGUGAGUGAGGUAUGUGAUCUGUUUUAGGUGCAGUGUGCAGAAUGUAAGUUGUCUGGGGCUGUUCCCAUUAUGUAUUUCAGGAAUUAGGGUUUGAGCUCUCCUGAGGGUCUCUGUUGAGGUUGGCAUAUUUGAGCUCCUGGGGGCCCAUAUUCUAGGUUGUGAGAUUGCAGAGGUUAUUUGUCAUGGGACAGGAGGUAUCUGAGCAAGCUUGUGUUCACGGUACAGGUGUUUUGUGCUGUUUGUGUGCCUGCAUGCAAGGUUGUCAGCUCUGUGAUUGUAUGGCAUCUGUGUGCAAGGUGUAAGGUCUAUGAGCUAUUAAGUUUCUAUGUUGCAGGUUGCCAGGUUGCUAAAAUGCAUGUGGAUCUGUAUUAUAGAAUUUAUCGCCUCUGAGCUGUUUCGUGUCUCUCCUCAUAUCUCGAGUUCCAUAGGAGUUUGAAUUCUGUGGGUGGUUUGAUAUUGUAUGUCCAAUGCAUUGAGGUCUCCUAGCUGCCUUCUCUUGGGUCUGUAUCUCAUCCACUCCAGCUUCGAACAACCUGGCUUCCUAGUCUAGGCCAUUGAGUCAAUGUGGUUGGCCUCCCUCAGUGUGUCAAUGGGAUAUUUUGGGUUUUGAGAGCCAUAGUGGGAGGCCCAUGAAGUAUCUGGGAGUCUGUGUCUAGGGUAUGAUGCUUCAGAGAUCCGGGUCCCAGGGUGAGGAAACUCGCCUCUGUCUUCAGUGCUUUCUUCCAGGGAUUGACACUUCUGAGCCACAUGAGUGUUUAUACCCUGAUUAGAGAGCCUUUGUCACAUACUGAAGUUCAUACUUGAGGUAUUUGUGGCCUCUUCCUGAUGUUGCAGUCUGACAACUGUCCAGAAAGACAGAGCUUGAUCUGAGUUGACUGACUGAACUCGUCUGUUCCAGCUCGUAACAGCCUGUCUUCCUUGUCUAGACCAUUGACUCUGUGUGGUUAGCUUGCCUGAGACCCUUCCCUAGGGUUGGGUUCUCCCAAUCUCGAGCUUUAGCUUACCUAUUUCAUACAAUCUCAAGUACAGUUUUAAAUGUAGUCCAUAUUCAACUAAAAACAGUAGAACCAGUGCUUCCCUAAAAAAAACUAUUCACAAAACAUUUUGCUGAAUCCCAGGAGGUUCCAGGUAAGACACUCCAGUAGGAACUUGUUCACAAUCUGCUCCUUACAAUAUGGAAUUUUAAAAAAUCUUUUCUCUCUGUUACUGGUACCUUGAGAGGCUCGGGCAAGACAGGCCAUUCACUUUUAGGUUUUUGACAAAACACCCUAACACUCACACGCGUGUGCACAUAGACACACACACACACACACACACACACACGACCCACCCAAUACACACAUUAGUAGUCAAUAUAAGGAAAUUGUAUUGGAAAUGUAAAUGGAAUUCUGUGAUUAAUUAUAAAGCCAAGUUUCUCAUCACACUUAUAUGUCUGCUGCCCAGGAUUGGCUGUUUUUCAGCAAACUGGACAACCAAACAUGCCUUCUUUUUGUAAAUAUUAUAUAUUGGAGCUUGUAAUCUGAUUACAACAGUCUAAAUAAUUGUAUACCAGUGUAGGAAUGACAGAGCCUAUUUUUUGUAUGUCACCUCCUAGACAGAAUUCCUCAGAUGGUUUAAUACAGGAGGUGAUGCCAAGGAAACAGACUGUUUCUGAACCCGUGGAACACGGACUGGAGCCCAGUUAUGGCCUGGGGGCCGGGGCGGGGCGGGGGGGGGGUGUCUAGCAAUGCCCAUGGGAAGUGUCAAUCUCAUCUCCACUAAAUAUGGCAUCCCCAAUUAGAGAAAGAGAAAUAUGCCACACACAGGUUGUCAAACCUCAGUUCUGACACUGCAGAGGCAGGCUUCUGAGAAAAACAGCUGUUCUUUCAGAGAGCACUGCUCUUGUGUGGCGCAGAAAGAAUGGUGGUCCUGUGACACGAAUGCACACCCGGCUUGUUGUAGGGAGAUUCUCCCUCUUUUAUUCUUAGGUUCCCGCUUUUGCUCUCAUGCAUGUUCUUUCCCGGGAUCCUGUUCUUUCCAUCCCUGCGCCAGCGCACCCCCUCCUAUCCUCAGCCCCAGGUCUGAACCCCCACCUCCCCAGAAGAGAAGGGCUAAGACCACCGAGAGGGGAAGUCCUCCCGACUUCCUAGAGAGACCAGCCACAGGAGGAGGGGCUGCGGGACUGCGUGUGACAUCACAGACAUGGGACACUAUGGAGAAGCCGGGUGCUCCUUAACCUUCCUCCGGCUGCACGGGACAGGGAGGGACAACGGGGUGCCCCGGGGCGAAGUGGCUUCCUCUCCGUGGGCCGUGGCGUGGGUACUUGGGAUCCGGGACUUGUAACCACGCAGGGAGUAGAGAAGGUUGAACCCACCCCAGAGUGACUGUGGCGCACCUGAGUGACUGCACAGGAUACAUAUUUCCCGAGGUGGCAGGGAGAGUUUCCAGGCGCUGCGAGUGACGAGUGACGUUGGGUUACUUCCUUUGUAGGGCGCACGCGUGGCAGGAAGUACCACUUUCAGAUCUUUGUGUUCUUACCGGUCGUUUUUGCAUGCGUGCAUACUAGGAAAGACAAAAACCAAACUAGUACGGCACCUCACUAUUCAGGUUGUUGCAAUGCUGAGGGCAGCCCAGAUGUGAACAUCACACGGUCUCUGCAGGGUGGUUUUGCCUUUUUUUCCCCUAAGGAUUGAGUAGACCCAUUAUAGUGGGGGAGACUUAAGGUAGGAUGUUUCUGCAUUCAGGAUUAGUCUCCACGAACAAGAAAUGUUUCUCUCUGUGUCUAGCUAGUUUCAGGAGGGCUGAUUUCUGAUCUCAGUUACAUCAGGGAGCUGGAGGGACUGUGUGUCUGGCCCAAUCAGCAAAAGGAGAAAGGUCUGUGUUUGGCCUUGUCCCAUGUAAACCCAGGAGCCACCCGACAGACAUAUGGUAGGGCGUGACAAAGCGUGAGGAGCAAGCCUUUUCUAGGUUAAAGGGGGAAGAGUGGUCUUUUGCGAUAAGCCAUUUCUGAAACACGAAAGCCUGUCGAGAUUUCUUGACUCUGGCUCUCUUCAGGGCUCGAGUGAAGUUCAACAUUGUCUACAGGGUAAAAAUGAGCAUGGCAUGUUUCGUGCCUGUCCAAGCAGAUAGCUAGAUAAGCAGAGAUUCUCUUUUUAACCCUGGAAGUAAUCUACACUUGAAGAGCACUUUAUAGUUUUAAAAGGUAGUAUUUUCUUGAUCUAAAAGAAGGAGGCAACCAUGAGUCAUUAUCCUAGAAUAGGAUCAUCAUCCUCAUCUUACAAAUGAGGAAACUGACCACAGGGAGGUGAAGUAACCUGCCCAGAGUCACACAGGGAGUAAGUGAUGGGGCCCUGAUUCAAAUCUUGGUAUAUAUGGCUUCACCACCUGCCUGCAAUACAGGCACACACUGUUGGUUUCCAGAUCCACACAUCCGGCUCUCUCCUGUCCCCUAACUUCACACCUGAGACAACUGACAGGCUCACAGACAGAUUGCACUCAACAGGUGCUAGGCACUCUCUGGGACUCUGUAAAGAUGACUUUACAGAGAAGAGAACUGUUGGAGAAAGUAGGUCCCAAAGGCUCACCCGCCGCCCUCUGGGGGAGUGAGGCUACAAGAAGAAGAGUGGAGGGCCUGAAGGGGGGCUGUUUCUUUGAGGGACAAACUGACGGGCUAACAUAGCACACGUGAUAAACACAUUUCUUUUGAUUGUUUGUUUUAAUGUUUAUUUAUUUUUGAGAGACAGAGCACUAGCAGGGGAAGGGCAGAGAGUCAGGGAGACACAGAAUCCCAAGCAGUCUCCAGGCUCUGAGCUGUCAGCACAGAGUCCAGCGUGGGCCCCGAACCCACAAGCCACAAGAUCAUCACCUGAGCCGAAGUCAGACGCUUAACCUUAACUGAGCCACCCAGGUGCCCCUAAACACAUUUAUUUGAAUUAAUUGUUUUUCUUUUAGCACUGCCAAAACACACUGCAUGUUGAAAAUACACACGGCAGGUAAGUAAAGCCAACCAAUACAUGGAUAAGCAGAGAGACUCCCGUUUUGCCUAGGGACUGCCUAACUUGAAAACAGCAUUCUGCUGUACAAGUAGAGAACGUUAUCCUGGACUAAAUGAAUCAGAAAUUAGCUGUGUUUUCUAAUUAUUAGCAUCAUUCUCCUAUUACAGAGGAUGCAUCUUAGGCACAGAGAGGCUAGGUCAGCUCCCCCAAGUCACUGAGGUACUAAGUCGUUGAGCCCCACAGGCAAGGAUACAUAACAUGUCCAAAAGUGAACACACCUGCACCCACCCCCACUCCCCAUGCAUCGGCAUCUCCUCCAGGAGGCAUCUCCUCCUCCUCCUAACCCAGUGAAAAGCAGCCUUCUACCCAGCUGCUUCGGCCAGCGACUCUUAGAGCCGUCCUUCCUUGCUGCCUCUCUCUCACCACCCCCUCAAACACCAAGUCCGUCCAGUCCAACCUCCUACGUCCUUCAAAAUAAGAUCUUGACACUUACUCCCAUCACUACAGUUAGUUCCCUAGGCCACAUGACCCUCCUCUCUGCUUGAUAACUACCACCAAUAUUAACCCUUGGCCACAAAUUUCUUCAUCCCGCUACCUGAGGGACCAUUCUUAAAUCCUAAUCUGGUCUUGUGUACCCUGCUCAGAACUCUGCAGGGUCUUCCUGCUGUUCUUGGGAUAACGUCCAGCCUCCUGGACCAGGCACAGCAGGCCUUGCCUACCCUCAAAUGCCUCAUCUUCAGCAGAUGGCCUCCUCCACUCCCACUUCAUAUUCCAGCCAACUUAAACCUCUUUCUGUUCAGUAGAUGGCCACUGGGCUUGGGCACUCUCUCUCCUCCCUGCAUCUCCUGUCCCCAGCCUUCAUUUGCCUGAUUCCUACUGAUGUUCAAGCUAUCAGGUUAAGUAGAGAGCGAUUUCCAUUUAACCCUAGGAAUCCCUGGAUGAAACGGCACUGUUAAUAAAACUUUUUACUGAAAAGUGAUGGAGAUUUCAUUAUAAAUUCUCCCAAAUAGAUGUUUUACCCUGGUUCACAGUGAGUUAAUUGGAGAUGCAAUCUGACAGCACAGUUGUUCUGGAAAAGGCUUCCUUGCUAGGAAUAGGAUGACACACAGCAAAGAUUUCAUCUCCUUUCAUAUGGAUCCUUUGAUGCACUUGGACACGGAGUUUGGAAUGUGUCACAAACUUUCCCAAUGUGAAGGGGCCCUGCCUUCCAGUGAGGAGGGAUAAGCAGAAACGUGGAAAGAAUAUGUCACUUUAUGGCACCUUUGACCCAAGAAAUUAAAUGCCUUCCACUACCUCCCUUGGACUUUGUUUUGAUAAUGUUUCAUUCGGAGUUGCAGUCUGAGUUCCUGUUGGGACAAGACAAAGUGUACUAACUAAUCUUCCCUUUACAAGGGGUUUGGUCUGUUAGUCCCUGUGGCCAUCAAGGAGGCAAAGAUCAGCUGCUGCUCACUAUUGGAGCCCUCUAAGGGAUCCUGACAGUGCCUUCAUAGAACUCCUUAGGGGUCCCUACCAGGUGCCAGAAACCCCUGGAGGAAAGUUUGUCAGUUCCUGUGGGGUCCAGUGGGCAGCAGCACCCCCUGCUGGUUCUGUCUUGUCAUAGACUCAACUGUGAGCAUUAACCUCAUUCACUAUAACUCCUCUGCCUAGGCGUGAAAUGAAGUGUGUCCCUUGGACAAGAGAAAAGAUGGAACCACCAGUCCAGCCACCACCACAACCCCCAAACCCGAACCUCAGCCAGAGGCGUGGACUAGAGUCCCAGGGUCCUGGCAUACUUGCUCCAUGCUGACAUGUCCCUAACACAGGGCACGGUGUGACUGUCUCUUCUGCAGCCUGGCUGUUGAGGAGCUCAGCUGUGCUGGUAUAUACAGUUUUAUUACCCAAACACUCAGGUAAGUGUCAAAGCCCACUGUCUGUAGACAAGGAAACAAACGGAAAGGUUUAGGUCGCUGGUGCAGGAAAGGGUGGAUCUGGGCAUCACACCUCCGUUUCGCCUGACUCCAAAGCCCGACUUUGCACUCACAGUGAUAUUCCUGGAUUGUGUUUCAGCUGCUGAAAUGCAUAUAUUGUUCCAGUAUUGUAUAGUCAUCAUGGUCCCAACACCUGUCCACCUUGAAAUGGAGGUACUCAGCAACCUUGAAAGGUUCUAAGAUUUUGUGUCUGUCCUCUGAUGAGCUGCCCUGAAGCCAACAGACCUGGAGUCCCUUGGCAUGGAAGGCUUGCCUCAGAACCAACAGCCAAGCAGGACUUCAAUGUCCAGGGCUCCCCCCAUGGAGUGGUACUUUGCCAUGUUAGAGAGCCUUUGCAAGCAACCCCACCACCCAAAUUAGGUCUCUACCUGUCUCACUGGUGACCAGGUAUUACGAAUUGAGAGGCAAGCAGAGGAAGUGCUUUUAGUAGCUGCAUCACAGCCGUAGCACUGACCAGACCCCACUGGUGAUUUGAAGCCCAGUAGCCCAAGGACUGCAGUCCGACUCUAACUAGGUGUCUCUCUCUGUUCUUCGGCGUGCACGUCUGUACACUGUGGGUGAGCAAAGUGCCUGUGUCAUCAGCCUCCCCAGCCUUGAGAGGUGUGUCCUGACCAAACACACACACACACACACACACACACACACACUUAAGUAGGGGUAAGAGGCCCUGCUCUGUGUCCCUAAGGUACUGUGAUUUCAAUUCUGCCACCGCUCUUCUCACACAGUGUGCAGUGGUCAUCUGCUUGCAGACUACACCCUGUGUGAUCCCUGUGUCCCCACUGAGUCCAGUGAACUGACACAUGAAUUCGGGUGGUGCUUAGAACAUGUUUCUUCAGCGAAGGAGGGACCUUCACCCAGGGUCCUUCAUCCCAAAGGGCAGCUCAUGUACCGGUUAUGACACAGGAGGAUGGAGUAAACAGGACAUCUCUGUACUCAGAUUCUCUGUGAGGAGGAGGAAGAUUGGAUUUUUUGUACCAUCUCUAAUUCCAGAAACUUAAAGAGGCUAUAAAGGGAUUUUCAAUGUGUGGGUCACUGUUGCCCCGUCGGCCACAGUUCUGGUCUCACAGUGGAACUUGGGUCAAGAUCCUUGGAGCUCCAGGCAACUCAGAGAAUGUUUUCCAAGUCCCGAGCGACUGGUGCACAGAGUAGGUGCCCACAGUGAUCUGUCCAGUAGGUGGAUUGUUGAGUGAAUUAAGGCUGCUAGUUAAAUAUGGGAUGCUCUGGCAAGAGCACAAAUCCCCUUGGGGGACGGGACAUGAGCACAUGGGUGAAGGCUGUGUCAAUCCAGGUGACUGCUGUCAGCCUCACAAGAAGGCGCUCCUCCUCACUGUCCUUCCAGCUCUUUGUCCAAACCUGCCUCUUCUCUAAGUGGUCCUCUCCAUGUCCCUUCUCUGCCUAACUUACAGCCCGAUACAGGCUGUCAUUCGGCAUCUGUGAUCCUUGGGUGUCCUUUGCAGUCCAGCUGACUGAACAGAAGCUGACUCAGCACAGCAGGAUCUAGUGCCUGUCACCCGUUGUUCUCCCCUGCUUUCUGUUAGGCUCUCACUCCCUUCCCCUACCCCCCAGCUGCUCCAGCCUUCUGGCAGUAUCUGCACUGUUUCUGGAAGCCUCUGCCUCAGACACUUCUUCCCAACUGUUCCCUCUUGACAGGAAAGUCCUGACCCCAGAAAUGUGCUUGUCAGAUUCCUCUCCCUGUUCACAAUGUUUGUUGAAAGGUCACCUCUUCGUGAACCCUGAAUUCAUACCCUUGGGGAUACUUUCUAGGUUCUGCUUUUGGGGCUGACAGAUCACCUGGAGAGGCAUUGCCAGCAAACGUGCGGGCGCCUGGGUCUAAGAGCCAAAGAGUUUGUCUAGAACCAAAGAGAAGAACCUGGAGAAUGUCCUAAUAUUCUGACUAAAAGGCAGAGGGGCACCCAAGAAAACGGGAGGUCAAAUUAUCACCGAAGGCAGGCCAGCCCCUGAGCAGCUCCUCAAAUGAGUGGAAUUGUGUUCAUGCAUCACUUGUAGCCUGAACCAUGGGCCCUGAAUGCUGAGGGAAGAUCCCUGCUCUCCAGUAGCCAUAGUCUGACCAGAAACUCAGAGGAUAAGGCCCUGCCUGCAAUAGCUGAGUGCCUGUUGUCUUUGGGGCCACUAUGUCCAGACCUGGCCAUGCAGCUUCUGUUGUUCUAAGAUGGGGAUGGCAGUACCUGCCUUCCUUGCUUCCAGGGCUCUUCUGACAAACACAGGACGGAAAGCGCGCGCGCACACACACACACACACACACACACACACACACACACACAGAGAUCAGAGAACUGGAAAGAACCUAGGUCCUUGACAGCGUCACCAGACCCCGGAAUAUGCCCCGCCUGCACCCACCCUUACUUCUGAUUUCAUUGUGUGAUUGUGAAUUGCCUUUGUGAUUAGACCUGUUUGAGGAGGGGUUUCCUCUUUACUCACAGCACAAAGCAGACUUCUGGAUAUGGGGAGCAUCGUGGGGUUUGGUUUUCUUUUCUGUGGGAGCCAUGUCGUGUCGUGGGUAAGGGCACAAGCUCUAUUCCUAAACAACCUUCCUUCCAACUCAGUUCUGCCACUUGCAGUCCUGUCAUUUUGAGAAAUGUACCUGGCCCUGUGCCUUACUAUCCUCACCUGUGAAAUGGGCUUAUUAUUCUUAAUAGUGACAAUACCAAGCAGAGAGGGUUGCAUUUGUGAAUACAUAAUGAGGUAAUGCAAGUAUGGUUCACAGAAUUGCAUCUGCCACAUUCCCUAUCUUUACACCUACUGAUGCUGCCAUGGGCAGGUCAGGCUUUACACCACGUGAGCUAGAGCAAAGAACAUAAAGAUCACAUUACACGUCUGUGUUCAGCCCUAGAAACUCUCCUCCUCUGCCAUACAUUCUCAUCCUUUGCGUCAUGCACGGACGAUCCGUCACCAGGGGGCUGACUCUCCCACCUGGGGACCACAAAUACACACCGUCUUACACUGUGUGCAUCAAUUCAGUACACUCCAGUUAUGUCCUCAGAUAGCCUGCCCUGGUCCUGGUGCCGGGGUGGGGGUGGGGGGUACCCCAGAGCAGGUAACGGAGCACAUGAUGUUCCCUUACACCCACACGGCAUCGGAAGCUGUCCGCAUCCUAGUGCCUGCCUUUCUUUCCAGACUCGCCUCCCUCCGCCCUAAAAUUCGGAUUACACUCACACUGGAUUCCAGGGCAGACCCUGCCACUUCAGUCUCUCUCCUUCAGCCUCAAAUUCCUCCUGGUUAAAGGCAAUAAUCCUGCCUACUCAAGGUUUGUUGGGAGACCUCCAGGAGACAACAAAUGUAAAACACCUAGCUGACAUUAGCUGGCACAUGGAAGGCGCUGGAUAAGAAACAGCAUUAUCUGUUUCGCUUCUUUAAUCCACAGCACCUGGAAUGCAAAGGUCUGGGUCCUUCUGGCCACACACCUCCCUUGCUAGCUUCCAGCUCUUUGACAACCUUUGUCUUCAGCUUGCUGUCUAGACCAAGGGCCAGGUGGAGCUGUGAGCAUGGACCACACCUCCAUGGAUCCGCUCCGGAAAUGCAGCUCAACACUGAUUUCUGAGUCUUCCCCGAUGAUCUCUGAAGAGACCUCCCGGGAAGUCACGGCAGCCUCCUCUCCUUCCUUCUCGGAACUGCUUAUGAUGGGCCUGGGUGACCUCAAAACCAGUCCUGGCACCAAAUACCCUGCCCCUCUUCCAGAGGGGCUGCUCCAGCAGCGCUACAGAGAUGAGAAAACCCUACAAGAGAGGCGGUGGGAAAGGUCAGCGUCCCCUCAGAGGAAGAAAACCCUUCUGGGGCACAUGAGACGGCGGCACCUCGAUCAGGUGGCACCUUAUCGGGUGGAGAGGAAAGCCAGGAUCUCCUCCUCAGGUGAUAGAGAUCAGAACAGAUUCAGAUGCGAAUGUCGAUACUGCCAGAGCCAUAGGCCAAAUGUCUCUGGGAUGUCUGCAGAGAGGAAAGGGGCCCCCCAUGCUUCCUCCUGGGAGACACUGGUACAGGGCCUCAGCGGCUUGACCCUCAGCCUGAGCACCAGCCGACCUGGCCUGCUGCCCGAAGGGGUGCUCCAACAGCAGGAAAGAGACGAGAAGCUCCAACUGGAGAUGCAGCAGGAAAGCAAAAGGAUGUUUCAGAGGCUCCUAAAGCAGUGGUUGAAAGAAAACUGAGGCUCUCAUCCUCACGUGACGCAGGUCUGAAUGGCUCCAGGCAUGAUCCUGGGCGUGGAUUUCUUUUGGGGACCAACCAGUAAGCAGUCGUCAGAGAAGUGACAAGAGCAGCGUUGAUGACUGAAAAUUCGAUCGGCGUGAGCCCUCAUCCAAUCCCAGGAAGGUUCUGUCUUUCCUACCUUGAAUUUGUGGAUCCCUGUGGGGCUUUCUAUGGGACACCGCAUACCCCAGGGGUCCGUAACUUCCUUAUUAUGGCUCCCGUGAUGCAUGUUGUCACUUUCCCACCCCGAACUCUGCCUCUCCUCCCUGCCUUGUUGUCAGUACGGUAGAGAGCUUCUCUGUAGCAUGAAUGCCCCGUUGAUGAUGGCCAUGUGCUUUUGUGCCAUUUCACGGACUGCCUCCCAGCAGCAGCACUGGUCUGCUGGAAUGGACGUGUGCUGAACGGAGAUCCACUUUCAAGAGACUGACGCUAAAGGAGGUGCAGAAAGGGACAUGGAACUGGAACUUGGUUGUUCACUAUUGUGUUGUCUGUGUAAGCCGUUAUGAGUAUGCUGAGCUAAAUGUAGAACAUUGUUUCCCUGCUUUAUAACACGGAUGGUAUUCCCCUCGAAGGAAUUUCUGACCCGUUACCUCAUCAUCCUUGCCAAAUAAAUAUACAUAUAAAAAAAACCUAA